AUGGUAUACAGACCGCACCCACCACUAGGGCACUACGACCGUCCACGCUCCACCUCUUCCAAUUCCGGCUCCCAUAAAUCGACCUUCUCUCACUACAAGGUCUCCUCGCAGACAUCACUGGCCCCUCCCUCACCGAGAAACUCACAUCGCUCCUCUCAGAGAGUCUCCACCGUGUACGAAGAUGGCCCAUAUCGUCCCUCGAAGCGAUUGCGAUCGCAGUAUCCGCUCAACUCAAGUGAAUCGCAUGUGGAAUAUAUCCUGGUCGCCUCUUUCGACAUCGAUCGCGGCCCGAUAAUGGAGCAUCAGUAUCCCGGCGCGAUCAGUCCGGACGAGAACAUGCUGGCGGAGCUGAUGCUUCCAGACCAAACACACAUGCGACAGCAGGACUGGACCAUGUUUUUCCUGCACAAGGAUGCGGGAACAAGUGAGGAGGACGGCGCUGAACGAGCAGCUAGAAGGCGGCAGCGACACGCGAAGCGACGUGUGAACGGUGCUAGUGAAGCCUCAGCUGCAGGUGGAGAAGACCUCGAAGACGAUACCAGCAGUGAUGAAAGUGAUGUAGAUAGCCUGGAAAGUCCUCCUCUGAUGUACGUCCUCAACUUGGUCAACACCAAGCAAGACAGUACAGUCAAAAGAGGUGCUGUCGUCAAGGCGAUGGCUAUAUGCACAAGACAUUCUUUCUUGCACAUAUACAAGCCUCUGUUGCUGCUGGCUCUUGAGGACUACUUCAAAUCACCAACGCAAGACACGCUCGAACUGUUAUACAAUGCGCUAAACGCCAUGGACCUGUCCCUGAUGCCACGGCUCUCAUUGUUGGAACGUCACAUCCUACAAGCCACCGAUGUCAAAGACAUGUUUAUUGAGAAGUUCGAGCAGAUGAUAUCCCAGCGACUGACGGAUGAAGACCUGGCGAAAGAUCCGGAUGCCCCAGAAUCACCGGUGAAAGCGGAACCCAAGUACUCGCUGCCGCGAGACACACACGAGUUUGAGUCAAAGAUCGUCUACAAUGGGAUUCCUAUACCUGUCAAGAUCCCCACCGCCUUGUCUCCCGAGACAGUGGGCGACUUCUCGCUGAUCAAACUGGUACAAAUCUUUGGCACGCCGCAUCAAACCCAGCCCCAACCUUUCGCGUUACACCCUCACCUCACCACCUCCGGAGCGUUCACUCACCCUAUCGUGGUCCUCAUAAACGCCAUGCUUACGGAGAAAAGAGUCAUCUUCCUAGGCCACAACCGUCCGUCAGGCGAAGUGGCAGAAGCUGUCCUCGCGGCAUGUGCCUUGGCCUCUGGCGGAGUGCUGAGAGGUUUUACUCGGCAUGCAUUUCCCUACACAGAUCUGACAAAAGUCGAAGAACUUCUCAAGGUCCCCGGCUUCAUCGCAGGGGUCACCAACCCGGCGUUCUCCUAUCAUCCAGAAUGGUGGGACCUGCUCUGCGAUUUACCAUCGGGAAGGAUGAAAAUCUCUUCGUGUAUCGAAGCUGCCCCUAUCACAGAAGGCACGACGUUCUUCCAUCACCAUGGGCAUUCCGUCAUGAGCCAAAAGGAUCUGAAUCACUCGGAUGCCACAGGUGACGUGCUUUUCAUGGACGACGUCAGCCGAGGCAUCGCCUCUCGAGCCGGCGAGGCCAUCAUACGCGCUAAAUUCCGCGCCUAUAUAACAAAGUUUACCCGUAUCGCAGCAGCUUUCGAAGAGACCGUCUAUGGCGCAAGCAGCCUUUCUGUCUUGCCACCAACAGAGGUUGAUAAACCCGAUGCAACAGGCAGCUCAGCCGCUCCUCGCCCAAUGUCGGUCAGAUCCUCCAGCAGACAUCUCAAAGGCCACGGCUACGUCUGGCCCAAUGAGGAAGCCAAAACCCGCGAACUCGCCGCCUCAGCAGCAAGGAUUGAAGGCUGGAGAAACACGCGGUCUUAUUAUGCAUUCAUCUCCGAUCUCGCUGCUCAUGCUUCGGAUCCUAAGUCGCCGACUUCCCCUGUCAGCAUGGCGAACAUGCUUGCUUUUGCGCCGGCAAAACCGUAUGUUGACCUAUAUCAUUCGCUGGCCAAGCUGAGGACUUUGCAUUUGACGCCUGCCGAGGCGGGGGCUAUCUAUCUGGCGCUAGAGGCAUACUGCACCGACUACGACAGCAUCCUCGAACUGCUGGAGAUGGCGCCCAUGUCUGAAGCCGGGCUGUUCUAUGUCGGCCUGGGUCUGUGGCAUGAAGAUCGCAGAGUAAGAAACGCGGUCACUACGUUGCUCGACAGGGUCAGGAAACAUCCCGCAGGACGGUUGUUCUUCAAUCGGUUGGGAGGAUGGGCCACAAUGGGCUUUCAGCGUCGAAUGCAGGAGAGGGAGGCGAGCGCGAGGGUCAGGCAGGCCGAGACGGAUGAUAUGCUUGGCCCGCUGGCUGUCGACGUGGAUGUGAGACGUAGUUGA